AAAAGAAGAAGAAGCCACCAUGCUCCAUUACGCCGUCCCACUUCUUCCACAACACCAUUACUUUUGUUCCUUCCGACUUCCUGACUCGGUCCUAGGCGCAUCACUAGGAUAUUGCUUAUAUCGGAAUCGGAAGCAAGGGAACUAGAGAAAGCCAACAAAGCAAAGGCCGGCUAUUUCACCCCAAGGCCCGGUUUUCUCAAUUCAAACAGUCCAAACACGCUGUGCACAUCCUCCCAAACGGGCCAGCCUCGACUCCACACCCCGCCAUUUGUUAUUGCCUUCUCAAGGGACUGGUGGUGAAGCGUUCAUCUACCUCCUUCCGCUCCACACCUCGCGGACCUCCUCCGAGAGCACGCAUACUAUAUCAGCCUGCGGCUAUGCAAACUCUAUAUCCAUCGUACCUAGAUGCAUGACCCUGCCACCCACUCAAGGCUAUAAGACGCUGCAUGACUUCAACCCCAAUUCCCAUUCUACCGUCUAGCAAUUCAUCCCACGCUCCAUCAUCCUCCCUGCCUGCGUGCAUACAUAUACCCUCAGCUACCCUGGCUACGCGAACUAAGACUACCUUUUCUGACACCCCGCCGCGCCAGCUACCACGUGCCUCCACCAUGACGUCGCAUACUACCAUCCCCAUCAACGAGGACUGGGAGUUCAAGCAGGUCGACUCAGAAAAAUCAAAAUGGCUUCCCGUCGCCCAAUUCCCCACCAAUGUGCACCUUGAUCUCAUCGCCAACAACAUCAUCGCAGACCCGUUUAUGGGAAAGAACGAGCUCGAUGUGCAAUGGAUCGGUGAGGCAGUGUGGGCGUACAAGACGACUUUUGAAACUCCCGCUAUAGGCACAGAGGAGGGUUCUGCCGCUAAGGCGGUGCUGACUUUUGAUGGCCUGGACACGUACGCCACAGCGGUGCUCAAUGGCACUGAGAUUCUCAAGACGGAGAGCAUGUUCAUCCGGGAACGGGUGGACGUCACAGCCUACCUGAACAAUGACGGCCCGAACGAGCUCGAGAUCACAUUUGACAGCGCCUUCUUAAAAGGCAAGCAGAUUGUUGACAAAUACCCAGAGCACAAGUGGGGGUGCUGGAAUGGUGAUGUCUCAAGACUUGCGGUGCGCAAGGCGCAGUAUCAUUAUGGAUGGGAUUGGGGACCAACUAUGUUGACCUGUGGACCGUGGCGCCCGAUUAACCUAGAGAUCUACGAGUCGAGGAUAGCGGACCUCUAUUUCCGGAUGGAUGUGGAGGAGUCGCUCAAGGCGGCAAAGGUCAUCGGAAAUGCGGAUGUCGAGGGCUCAGCUUCGCUGGUCAGGUUUGACAUUACGCUGGAUAGAGAGGCUGUGGCUAGCGAGCAGGCAAAGGUGGUUGAUGGGCGUGCAACAGCUACGUUCAAUAUCAAUAUCACUGACCCGGCGCUGUGGUAUCCUAUCAAAUACGGCAAGCAGCCUCUUUACACAAUUACCGCUACGCUUGUGGCUACGCGCUCUGAGGCCUACGAUAUUCACGUUGAGAGCAAGAGGUUCGGGUUACGGAGAGCUGAGCUCAUCCAGCGGCCGCUGAAGGACGAGCCGGGAGAAUCAUUCUUCUUCCAGGUCAACAACGUCCCUAUCUUCUGUGGAGGCAGCGAUUGGAUCCCAGCGGACAACUUUCUCCCCCGUAUCGGCCCUGAGAAGUACUACGAUUGGGUGAAGCUGGUGGCGGAUGGCAAUCAGGUGAUGAUCCGCGUGUGGGGUGGUGGUAUCUUCGAGGAGCAGCCGUUCUACGAUGCGUGCGACGAGCUGGGAAUACUGGUGUGGCAGGAUUUCCUGUUCGGAUGCGGCAACUACCCCGCGUUCCCCGAGUUCCUGGACUUGGUGAAGAGGGAGGCGGAUGAUAACGUGAAGAUCCUGCGUCACCAUCCAUCGAUCGUUAUCUGGGCCGGAAACAACGAGGAUUACCAAUAUCAGGAGAGCGAGAACCUGACCUACGAUUUUGAGAACAAGGAUGAGGAGAGCUGGCUCAAGACCGACUUCCCGGCGAGAUAUAUCUACGAGAAUAUCCUCUCGGACACAUGUAGGCAGCUCAUCCCCGAUGUGCCUUACCACCCCGGUAGCCCGUGGGGUAAGGGGCGCGAUACACACGAUAACACCGUUGGAGAUAUUCAUCAGUGGAACGUGUGGCACGGCACCCAGGAGAAGUAUCAAAAAUUCGACAAGCUGGGCGGACGCUUCGUCUCCGAGUUCGGGAUGGAGGCCUUCCCGAACAUCAAGACGAUCGAGUCCUUCCUGCCACUCGGCAAGGAUGACCCAGACCGCUACCCACAGUCCUCAACCGUCGACUUCCAUAACAAAGCCGACGGGCACGAGCGCCGUAUCGCGCUGUACCUCGUGGAGAACAUGCAGUAUUCCCCCAACCCAAUCGAGCAGUACAUCUACUCCACGCAGCUAAUGCAAGGCGAGUGCCUCGCGAGCGCCUACCGCCUCUGGAAACGCCAAUGGAAGGGACCCGUCCGCGAGUACUGCGCCGGAGCACUGGUAUGGCAGAUCAACGACUGCUGGCCCGUCACCUCGUGGGCCAUCGUCGACUACUUCCUCCGCCCCAAGCACGCCUACUACACCGUCAAGCGCGAGAUGGCGCCGCUGUCGUGCGGGAUAUGGCAGGAAGGACUCGAUCGUCUUGAUCACACGCGCGUCUACGUUGACACCAAGCACACUAUCGAGAUCUGGGGCUCUAACCUGACACUGUGCGACAUGGUAGUCGACGUCGUCGUGUCCGCCUUCGAUGUCGAGACUGGCAAGGAAACUUACAACAAGACGGUCAAGUCAGCGUUCUACCUGCCACAGAACCAGAGCACCGAGAUUAUCGCCCUGGAUGUGCCGGUCAAGAAGCGCGACGCCGGCGAGGAGUCCCGCGCCGUCGUCGCGGCAUACCUGUUUGAGGACGGCGUGCAAGUUGCGCGCUACGUCAACUGGCCUGAGCCGCUCAAGUACGCGCACCUGGCGAAGCCUCAGUGCCUCACGGCAACACUGACGGCGGAUGCACGCACGGUGGAGAUUAGCGCCGAGGUGCCGAUUAAGGGGCUCGCGCUGGAGUGUGAGGACGAUGAGGUGAAGUUUGCGGAUAAUUUGGUGGAUAUUGUGCCGGGUGAGGUGGUGAGGAUUGGGGUUUUGGGGGCCAGGAAGAAUACGGUUAUUGGGACGAGGUAUUUGGGGAUGAUUUGAGCGGCUCUUGCUGUGGAGGGGGGUGGGGGUCUGAUUGGGAUGAGAGAGGGAUGGGGCUCAUACAAGUAAAAUGAUUGUAUGCUUUUGGGGGAAGGGUGAGAAUGAAAAGAACGGAAAGGAUAGAAUGCGGG